AGCCACGUAAACCAAAUUUCGCACUCGGGCGGCGAACUGGCUACACAGCUGCACGGAUGAGACUGGUGACAGUAUCUGGGAGAUAUUGAACAUCACGCGGGCGCGAUUUCGGUCAUUCGGGAAUCUGAUCGUUGAGUGUUGGUUUUUGUCUGACCAUGUCAUACAAGUCUCAAGAUACUCCGCAUCUGAGAAUCUGGCAAUAUUCUCUACACCCAAGAAUCGUGAGUCUGCUCGCCAGAAAUUCCGCGUCUAAGACUUGUGCAAAUGAGUCUUUGUGCUCGCAGCACGGAAUGCCGCCAGUAUGGCAUCGACUAUGUCAUCUGUGGAGAACUAGGCAUGCCAAAAGCUCUUCACCACGACGCAAGCACAUGUGUACGCGAGCUCGGCAGUCGUGUCAAUUUGAACCUGUGCCUAUGCCCGCCCGUAUCCUGAGUGCAUCGAACGUGUCUCCAUGCUCAAACCGCGCAGAUUCACCCUUGCCUCCUUCAUCGCCCCUCGAGUGUUAUCGGCCCACCAAUCAUAUCACAAUUCUAUCUCUACGCAAUACCUUUGGCACAUAAUUCCUUAUUAAAUUUGCCGGAUGCAUCAUGCCCAUGUCAACC